AUGGUUGUCUUCAGCAAGAUUACCGUUGCCUUGGCCGGUCUGGCCUCCGUUGCUUCCGCUGUCCCCACUGGCGGUAAGAAGAGCUUCACUGUCAACCAGGUUGCCGUGAGUGCCACGAAGACUCAGAACUUUGCCAACAACUACGCUCGUGCUCUUGCCAAGUACGGCGCCAAAGUCCCUACCCACGUUCAGGCUGCUGCUCAGCAGAGUGGCUCUGCUACCACCACUCCCGAGAGUGAUGACGAGGAGUACCUCACUCCCGUCAACGUCGGUGGCACGACCCUGAACCUGGACUUUGAUACCGGCUCUGCCGAUCUCUGGGUCUUCUCCUCGGAGCUUCCCGCUUCGGAGCAAACUGGCCACAGCCUCUACAAGCCCAACAAUGGCACUAAGCUGUCUGGCUACACCUGGUCCAUCUCCUACGGCGAUGGAAGCUCCGCCAGCGGUGAUGUCUACAGGGACACCGUCUCAGUCGGUGGAGUCAAGGCCACCGGCCAAGCUGUUGAGGCUGCUUCCACGAUCAGCCAGCAGUUCACCCAGGACCAGAACAACGACGGUCUUCUGGGUCUCGCUUUCAGCUCCAUCAACACCGUCAAGCCCAAGUCGCAGACCACUUUCUUCGACACCGUGAAGUCCACACUCGCUUCUCCCCUCUUCGCCGUGUCCCUAAAGCACAAUGCUCCCGGCUCUUACGACUUUGGCUUCAUCGACAAGUCCAAGUACACUGGCUCGCUGACCUACGCCGAUGUCGAUAGCUCCCAGGGCUUCUGGGGCUUCACCGCUGAUAGCUACAAGAUUGGUUCCACAACUGGUAGCUCGAUCAAGGGCAUUGCUGACACCGGUACUACCCUCUUGCUGCUCGAUGACGAGGUUGUCUCUGCCUACUACAAGCAAGUUAGCGGUGCGGCUUCGGACUCCUCCGCUGGUGGCUACACCUUUGACUGCUCUUCUACUCUGCCUGACUUCACUGUUAGCAUCUCCGGCUAUGAUGCUGUUGUCCCCGGCAGCUUGAUCAACUACACUCCUGUCUCCCAGGGCUCCUCCAAGUGCCUGGGUGGUAUUCAGAGCAACUCUGGUCUUGGCUUCUCUAUCUUUGGUGACAUCUUCCUGAAGAGCCAGUACGUCGUCUUCGACUCCAACGGUCCCCGCCUUGGUUUCGCUGCCCAGUCUUCUUAA